AUGAUCGGAUCUGAUCUCUCCGCACCACCGUCGCCAACGGCCUCUCCACCGCCUAGCAAGAGAAAAUCGGCACUCUCCAAUGUAGACGUGAGUAAGGGUACGAUGUACUUCGCCCAAGGGCUGAUGUGCAAUGCAUUGCCAUGCUUACGCUGCUUGACGAGCCUUGGUGUAGCAUCUGCUGACCUCGCGCAUUGCUCACAUGUCGGCUUUAGGAGACGCCAAAGAAAGAGGCUCGACCUUUGAAGCCACGAAAAAGUUCCAAGAAGAAGGUCAAGAAUGAGGCUGACGGACAAGGCGAGCGUGAGGAAAAUGCUCAGGAUGGGCCUGAAGAGAAUCAAAAGCUCAAAGAAGGCAAGCGUGUUGGGAGAGGCACGGCCUGGACGGUAAGCGUGGCAGUGCAGAUGCGCAUGGUCUUCUCUGACAGGAGCAGAGCUCACAAACCUUUGAAAUCUCGCAACGCUGCCAUUCGCAACGCUCAACGCGCAGCCCGAAGAACGAAAAGCUGUUGUCACUGCCCUCUGUGCCAAAGGGGCGGCCACUCUGGACUGGAGCGAGCUCAGCGAUCAGUGCAGCGGUCGAACCCCCCAACAGAGCAGAAACUACUACAAUAUGGUGUUGAAGGGUCACAUCGAAAAAGUGAGACAUGCAUCCGUCAGCCAGCAGUGCAGAGAAGCCUACAGAAGCUCAUCAUGCCCUCUCUGCUCUCGUGGUGACGCAGACGUUUGAAAGCUAG